ACAGCGCUGCGAACGCUGAACGUGGCUGACAGUUGGCGCUGACGGGUGGCAAGGAGGAGGGUUGAGAGAGGGAAACGGAGGUGCGACGAGUGAGGGAGAGGGAGACGGCGGCGCGACGACUUCAGAGAGGGAGACGGCAACCCGACGGGUGUUGAACCAUGGAGGGACACGGAAGUAGUGCCGACGCAGGGAGCACCAUUGUCCUUUUUGGAAUAGCGAUGUUCCUAGCGCAGUAUCGCUAACGGGUAAGAGUGUUUUUUUUGUCGUUAUGUAAACACUGAAAUUACAAUAACAUCCUCGUUUUUUAUUUAGGAAAUUACGUGCAGGGUCAGCUGAAUUCGAAUGAGAAAAGAGCAAUAGCCAAGUUAGUAACAGACUCAGCUGGAUUAGGAUGAGGAGAGAGUAAUAACCAAGUUGGUGUUGGGAUCGAAUGCGCUAAUUCGCAAAAUUGGGGCUUCCGGUGGUGUCAGAAAUGGAAGACGGUGAAGGGUUAAGGGUCGGUAGCAAUGCCAACGGAGGGUGUGACGAGCAGCGUUAGGGGAUGUUGGAUACGGUGGACCAUCAAUUUAAGAAGGAAAUUUCACUUGGAUGCAGCGAGACCAAAGUGGGCAAAGUUAGACGGAGAAAUACUACAAGUAAGGUGGUGUGCAGGGCAGACAAAGUGAUUCGCAAUGAAAGAGGUUCUUAGGUCCUGUAUGGAAGGCGCAUUUGCGGAUGAGGCGGUAUUGGAUGGAGUGAGUGAAAGGGUGGGGGACGCUGCCUUUGAAGAGGUAUGUGGAAAUAGUACAAGACAUGGGAAUGGAAGAUGAAGAGGUUGAGGUAGGUGGAGGACAGCAAAGUGUUGAGAAUGGAAUGAACGCGGCUGAAGUUGUGACAGUAACGGCUGAUAUUUUUUGCAAAUGGAGUUCAACAAUCCUAAGGAAGCUGCUCGUAUAUAUGAAGAGUACAGCCGGGUGAAGGGUUUUGCUGUUCGACAAGGUAAGAAGAUAAAAAACAAGAGAGGAGAAUUUGUGUGGAUUACGUAUUUGUGCAAUAGAGAAGGUUUUCGGAACAAGAAAUGGUUAGAAAAGCAGGAUCGCAAAAGAGAGCACAAGGUUGUCACCCGUUGUGGGUGUCCUGCCAAGAUGCGGAUAAAGCCAAGAAUUGGCACGGGAAAGUGGUUUGUGGCACGUUUUGUGAAUGACCAUAACCAUGAUCUCUUGCCUCAAAAGUUUGUGGAGUACUUGCCUGCGCAUAGGAGGAUUUCGGAUGUUGACAUAGCGCACAUGGAUAGCCUGCGGCAAGUGGGAAUUUCAAUCCCGAAAAUAUACGAGUCAAUAGCAGCACAAGCUGGGGGUUUCAACCGUUUAUCAUUCACCAAGCGAGACAUGUACAACGAGGUUAGGCGACAACGGUCCUUGCAGAAUGGUGAUGUCAAUGCAGCACUAAGGUUCUUGGAGGUGGCUUCUAGGAGAGAUGAGAAGAUGUAUUGGAGGUACGAGGUAGGGGUUGGUCAACACAUGUGUGACUUAUUCUGGAGUGACGGUCGUAGUCAGGAGGAUUUCAAAUUAUUCGGUGAUGUUCUUGCCUUUGAUGCUACCUACGGACGAAACAAAUACAAUCUUCCAGUCGUUGUUUUCUCUGGGGUUAACAAUCACAACCAGACAUGUGUUUUUGCAACCGCAAUGGUAUCAAGUGAAACACAAUCUUCGUAUGUAUGGGUUCUAAGAAAAUUUCUUGAAUGUAUGGAUGGCAGAGCUCCGAAGGCCAUAAUAACUGACGGGGAUAGAUCAAUGCGACUAGCUAUCCAUGAGGUCUUUCCCGAUGCUCAUCAUAGGCUUUGCGCAUGGCACCUAUUGAAAAAUGCUAUUUCCAAUGUAUGUAUGCCGAGGUUCACAUCCUUGUUUAGGCACUGCAUGCUAGCAGACAUAGAGGUGGAGGAGUUUGAGUUGCAGUGGGAAGCGAUGGUGAGUGAGUGUGGCGUGAAGGAUCAUAAGUGGGUGAAGGAUUUAUACUCGAAGAAAUUGUUGUGGGCCACAGCUUACAUACGUGGAAGGUUCUUUGCUGGCAUUAGGAUGACUUCCCGAUGCGAAUCAUUGCAUGCGAAGCUUGGGCGGUUUGUGGAGAGCAGGUACGGGAUUCUUGAAUUCAUAACAAAUUUCCAGCAGUGUGUGGAAUUCCUCAGAGACAACGAAGAUGAGCUAGAGUUUCGAUCAUCAUAUGGGACCCCUGUAAUCCAAACAGAGUUUCCCGAGCUGGAAAAAUCAGGUGCAAUGAAUUUCACACGUGAGAUUUUUGCAAGAUACCGGGAGUCGUUGAAGAGGUGUGUGCGUGUUACAGUGUUAGGGUGCAUAGAAUCGGAAGGCACAUGUACAUACGUGACUCAGAAAUAUAGGAGGCCAGAGAAGAGGUGGAGCGUGACUCACCAUGGAAUGUCCGACACUUUUGUAUGCACUUGCUUAAGGAUGGAAUCUUUCAGACUUCCUUGCGUCCACAUACUUGCAGUGCUUGUCCGAUUAGACAUUGGGUCCCUCCCGAAGAGCCUGGUGCUGCAACGAUGGUCGAAGGCAGCCAAGGUUGAAAUGUCUGGGGUUAAUCAAGUCGACAACACGGAGGCGUUUUAUCGUAGCCGUGUUGGUGCGUUCUUGCAACAUUGCAAAAGGUUCGCUCGGGUUGCUUGUCAGAGUGAAGAGAACUUCAAGGUGUACACAGAGAAAGUGGUAAAGGACACACUGAGGCUAGAAAUGAUAAAUGGGGACGCUGGUGCUGGUGCAGGGAGUCCUCAUGCGGCGCAGGGGGUUAGAGACCCAAUUGGCGUUCGCACAAAGGGGACCGGGCGUGCUAAUGAGCUGGUUGGUUCAAGGGCUGUCAAGCGGAGGAAGUGCAGCACAUGCGGUUGCCUAGGUCAUAGACGUACUCGAUGUCCCAACGGGCCACGAGUAACAACUUCAUAUACAGAGCAGAACACCAUGCCAAGUCAGCGUAUGCCUAAUAGAGACCUAACGGUGUCAUAUGCUGGCAAUGAAAGCAACACUUGUCGAAGGAGGGUAGGCUAAAUUUGGACACAAAAGAAGGAUUUAUGGUAAAGAAGAGAUGGUGUGAAGGAAUUGGGAGGUGUGUGUUGGCAACAGGUAAAGAAGUUUCCAAACUGAAUUGAAUAUGUUAAAUGUUUCUAAAGAGAUGAUACCCGCAGUGGCAAUUAAUUUUAUGUGAAGACUUUUCUUGUUAAUCUAAAUGAGGUUAUUAAAAACGAUAUGAGGUGACCAUGGUAAUUACCAUCACCUUUACCCAUAGAACAGGGUGUUUCAUUUGCAAGUAUGUUUAACAAGAUUAUACCAAAUCAACUUGUGUUAUGUAACAAUAAACAGUUUUGAUUAUGAAAGCAAUCCACCUGGAUCUGAGAGCAACCCCCAAGGGUGAUUUUAGAGUCAAGUCAUCGCAUGAGUACAGCAAGCACAUGAGAGUACCCAUUAAUAAAUCUCAGAAAGAUUUCUCCAUGAGAGUACGCAUUAGAAUAAUUGGGUCACUGUAUUUCUCAAUUACUAUAACCUGAAAUUUACCUUAUCCAAAUGUAUCUUAAUUGACACUUAGCAGGAGUAUAUACAAGAUACCCCAUGCAGC